AUGCCUGUCCGCUCCCCGUUCCCCGACGUCGAGAUCCCCUCGGUCAACGUCCUCGACUACAUCUUUGCCAACCCCGACGACGUCACCGACAAGCCGCUCUGGAUCGACGCCGACGACACCGCAAAGAGCCUCUCGCUACGCCAGGCCCUGUCAUGGGUCAAGCGCCUGGGCGCUGGCCUGCAGAGGCUCGGUUUACAAAAAGGCGACGUGGUCAUGAUGUGCUCGACCAAUCACAUUUUUGUGCCUGUGCUGUAUCUGGGCGUCGUCGGCUCGACAUGCGCCUUUACCGGCGCCAAUCCCGCCUACACCCCAAAAGAAAUCGCAUACCAAAUCGCCAAUUCCGAGGCAAAAGUCAUCCUCGCGCACCCCUCCAAAGUUGACGAUGUACUGGCCGCCGCGGCGGAAGCGCAAUUCCCGCAGGACCGCAUCUUUCACUUUAGCGACGACGUUUCCGGCGCCGCCGGCCCCGUCCAGGGCCUCCGCGACUGGACCUCCCUCCUCGUCGACGACGACGCCGCCUCGUCCUGGACGUGGCCGUCCCUCUCCGCCGCCGAGGCCCGCACGCAGCUCGCCACCAUCAACUACAGCUCCGGCACGACCGGCCUGCCCAAGGGUGUGUGCGGGGCGCAUCGCAACCUCGUCGCCAACGUGCAGCAGCUCAUCGGCAUGCGGCACCCCAACGGCCUCACCCCGGAGCUGGAGCGCGACGUCUGGCUCGCAUUCCUCCCGCUCUACCACGCCUACGGCCAAAUGUACACCAUCCUCAUGGCCGCCCGCCGCCACGUCACCGUCUACGUCAUGUCCGUCUUUAGCUUUGAGCGCUACCUGCAGUGCAUCGAGCGCUACCGGCCCAACGUGCUGCAGGUCGUGCCGCCCAUUGUCGUCAUGCUGUCGAAGCGGCCCGAGGUCCAGAAAUACGACUUGUCGAGCGUAAAGGACCUGAGCUGCGGCGCCGCGCCGCUCAAAGUGGACCUGCAAAACGACGUGGCGGACCGCUUCGGCGUCAACCUGGUCCAGGGUUGGGGCAUGACGGAGCUGACGUGCGCGGCGUCGGGCCUGCCGAUGGACCGCGUCGACAGGGAGGCGAGCUGCGGCAUGCUGCUGCCGAGCUGCGAGGCCAAAUUUCUGGACGAGGAUGGGAGAGAGGUGGGCGUCGGGGAGCCGGGCGAGCUGUUUGUGAGAGGGCCCAAUGUCAUGCUCGGCUACUGGCGCAACGAAAAGGCGACGAGGGAGACGCUGGACGACGAGGGAUGGCUGCGCACGGGCGACGUGGCCGUGUAUAACGAACAAGGCAUGCUAUGGAUCGUGGAUCGGAAAAAGGAACUCAUCAAGGUCAAUGGCUUGCAAGUGGCCCCCGCCGAGCUAGAAUCUCUACUCCUCGAAAACGAGCACGUUGCCGACGCCGCCGUCGUCGGAAUAGAGCUGGACCACGAAGAGUUUCCCCGCGCCUACGUCCAGAUUCAAGACGCCUCCAAGGGCAAGGUCCAGCCCCGCGACAUCCAGGACUGGCUCGCCGCCCGCGUCGCCAAGCACAAGCGCCUCGCCGGCGGCGUCUCCUUUGUCGACGCCGUGCCCAAGCUCGCCAGCGGCAAGAUUGUCCGCAAGCUGUUGCGCGAGUGGUCCAAGCGGGACGCGGCCGCGUUGGCAAAGACGGGCUGGAGUCGGGCGAAUCUGUAG